AUGGAUAACUCUGAGAACAGAAGAGAUCCGAAUGCUCCUUCUGAAAAUGGUAUUUCCGAACAAGAUUUUCAGUACAAAAAGGUGGAUGAUAAAACUGAUAAGAAAGAAGAAGAGAGCGCUGAAUCAAUAGAGAAAAUAUUCGAGAGCAAAGAGGUGCCGUCAUGGAAGAAACAACUGACUUUCAGGGCAUUUUUUGUCAGCUUUGUUUUGGGCAUUCUCUUUACUUUCAUCGUAAUGAAACUCAAUCUCACCACUGGUAUUAUCCCUUCUCUCAAUGUUUCUGCCGGCCUAUUGGGAUUCUUAUUCGUCAUAACUUGGACGAAGUUUCUCGAGAAGUCGGGACUUUUGAAGCAACCAUUUACUCGCCAAGAAAAUACCGUUAUCCAGACAUGUGUGGUGGCUACCUCCGGCAUAGCCUCUAGCGGUUAG